CUGUUGUGUCCAUGAUAUCCUUACCGUCAUCGGAUAUUACAGAAGGCUCGAAUGUUUCCAUUAUUUGUAAGCCAGACGCAAAUCCAAAAGUGUUUGAUCUUCAGUUGUUUAAAGACGAGAAAGCUGUUUUACACACAGAUAGUGAUUACAACAGCCUUGAUAUGAAAAACUUUACUCGUUCACUCGCCGGCAACUACAGAUGCACUUGUAGAAAUAUUAUUGGUACAGAUGAUGACGAAAUUCAACUAAAUGUUUUAUAUGCGCCAGACGUUAAAAUCAUAACAAAUACGUCCAGUGGUAGAGUGUACUUAAGAUGUAUUGCAGAAGGUUACCCCAAAAAAUACAGAUAUCUUGAAUGGGAACAUAAAACUUUGAUCGGAGAACACAUACGAUAUUUAAAGGGAGACUCUACUGGAAGUUUAUAUCUUUCUGGGAAUAACUCAGACACGAAGUACCAGGACAAUGGCAUCUAUGUAUGUAAAGUAGAAAAUGGAAUUGUCAACAAAAGAGGAAAUUUAGUUCAAAUGGCAACUAUAAAGUUUAACAGUGACGUACCCCCAGUGUUUGUUUCUGAUAGUAAGAACGUGCAGUAUGGUUCCUCCGGAAAGUCAACUAGAAUUGUAACCUAUAUCUAUGGUCGUCCUAAAUAUCACGUAUUGUGUUGUUCUUCGCAAAACUGGACAAUGUGUCAAGAUUCACAUCUUUAUGCAUUUGAAGAAAGAGUUACAUUGGUGAGGGAUACUUUUCAUGGAGUUGUGGUUCUUCUGCAGGGAUAUCAAGUAUCUUUUGUAACAGCUAUGUUAAGGCCUGAAGAUUUCACGUUAUAUUCAUUUGAAGCCAUAAAUGAACUCGGUUCUGAAAAACUUAUAGUUCAACUGAAACACGUAGGUGAAGAUCCAAACACAGAAUGCUUGAACUCUUUGAGUAGCUACACUGGUGAAAGUAAAGCUACAAUUUACAUAACGGUAUUUAUUAUGAUGAUAUUCAUUAUUCUAAUACUCAGCGUUUAUCACAUAAUCUUAGUCAAACGAGUGAAGAGUCAAACAAUUAAAAAUAAGGAUAAUGUUGUUAACGUAGAAAGUCAGUAUGAAGAAAUUCAGAUGGAAGAAGUAGGCCAGACAGACAGUACAAAUGAUGUACCGCAUAGAAGUAUUGAAUGUUUAGCGGCCGAACUUAAUGAUAGAUCGUGCUCUUCUGACAAUUAUAAUGACAACUCGUUAGACAGACACUCAGCUACAGUAGAUAGUGUUGAUGAGCGGGGCGAAACACAGUAUAGUUCAUACGAAAAAUUUCAGGAUGAACAGUGUUUCAGCGAUUAUGCAUACACAGAGGGAAGAUUGAGUGAUACCUUUGUAAAGCAUAUUAUGGAGGGAUAAAAUUGACGUUAUUCUAUUAGAAAUAAUAACUAUUGACAAAUGACUGAAACAGAUAUGUAAAAUACUAAUAAUAAUUAGGAUAUACUUGUCACAUCGCUAUAAAACGAAACAGAUUUGAUAAAAAUUGUUCUGGCAGUUAGAUUUUUUGCUAGUCUAAUUUUAUGACACAAAUUUUCAUGGAAUGUAUGCCAAAAGCUUAAAUGAAACAGUCAAUCUUUUGUACAUUCAAUGUAAAAAUUUGGAAUAUUUCACUUUCUUUGAAUUUGGGAAAAUUGUUUCAAUGUUAACCGAUUUUUUUCCACUGUAUCUGUGUGGGUUUCGUAAAUAUUUCUACAAUAUAUUCUACAAUAUCUUUUGUUUUGCAAUUAAAAAAUAAUCAAGAUUG